UGUAAGCUAGUCAAGUCAGUCGGUCAGUAACCGGCCAAGUUGCGAGUCGGUUCGCGCGCUGCUUUGAAAUAACUGGCCGCCUAGACGUGCCGAUAAAAAAAAAACAUCUAUGAAAACAAAAGAAUAAUAGCAAACGUCCUUCCCAAUUCAAAUUUUUGGUGUCCUGUGUGUUUUUAGCAGUUUUGAAAGUUUUGCCGUUUAGUCAAAUUUCCGGACUGUUCCAUUGUUAGUGAAAUUUGAAAAUUAUUAUCAAUGUUGUUGUUAUGAAAGGAUGUUAUCAAUGAACCAACCGCUGCUUCUGGGAAAACAGUCACUUUGAAUUUUCAUGGGAAUAAAACGCUGGUGGAUACCCCAGGUGUGAUGGUGCAGGUGCUGACAGUGCUGCUGCUGGCGGUAGCACUGACUCGCGCCGCCUCCACCUUAGAUUCAGAACUAGAUGUCGGCAAAGCUAUUAAUAUUUUUAUGAGAUAUGGCUACCUCAGCAUCUGCAUGCGAGUCGUCCCUCGCAACGACACGGAGAGCUGGGUGUUCCGCGAGCCAACUGUGCGCGUGUUCCGCCACGCGGCGCGCGCGCAGGCGCCGGGCCCGCGCGCCGCCGCGCUGUUCCACGGCGACUUCCACAUGGAGUUCUGCGACAACCUCAAGCAGCUGCUGCAGGCCUACUUCAGGGACUUUAGUUUUGAGAGACUGGAGCGUCCAUGGCGCGCGUUCACCGCGGGCUGGCCGCCGCACAUCACGGCGCGCAACCUCGGCAUCAACGCGAGCUACGUCACCGGAGACCACUGCUACGUGCUCGUCAGGGUCUCCAGAUACAGAGAGACAGCCAAGCUGAAAGAUCUCCCAAACAACAUACCAGUGGAAGACGUGGUGUAUGAAGCUAUUAACGAGUCCACUAUAGGCGACACCGCCAGUAUAGCGGACUUCAUUAGGAAAUACGGGUCGCACUACAUAGCGUCUUAUAUCACUGGGAAUUCGCUGUAUCAGGUGUUCGUAUUUUCCCGGGCCGUGUACUCCCGGAUCAAAGAGCGAGUCAAGUCGAAGGGGAUAGCGGACAUCCCCCCCGCGGAAAUGACUAACUUCUUCUCCCCCUUCUUCGCCGAACACGUCGGGGAGGUCAAGGUGUUUGUAUUCUCUAGAACUGCCUACUCUAUGAUCAAAGAGCGGCUAAAGAGUAAGGGCGUGGCCGAUAUCACGGCCAAAGAGCUGGAGGGGUAUUUCUCUCCAUGGCACGCCAAGCAUAUUGGACAGAUUCAGGUGGCCAGUGGCAAUAAGACAGUGGAAAGCUGGGCUAUGAAGCGUUUGAGAGUGCAUUACUACAUAUUCUCAUACCCGAGUCUUCUCAAGCUACAUGGCGAGCCAGCCUUACUGAAGAACUUGGAUACCUUACUGGGAAAUGAGGCCUUAUUACAACUAGACUUAAAGACAUUAUCGCCUGCUUUCAAGGAUACGAAGAAGAGGAAGUGGUUCGAGGAAGUCAUAGACAAUUAUUUGAAAUUGUGGGAGAGUAAUAUGUGAUAGACAAUAUAAUUUUAGUCAGUAAUGGAUGAAAGGUUUUUGAUUAUUAUUUAAGAGACUUUUGUUUAUGUAACUGCAAAUUGGUUGAUGUAUAAUGUUUUACUGUAAAACCAUAUUGUAAUGUGUAGAUGAAUGUCUUCUUAUGUAUGAGUAUUAUUGUAGAUAAAUGCAACUAAUUUUAAAAUAGGUAACCUUUUCGUCCAUUACGUUUAGUCGAACUAGGAUUUUAGUAAAUUUACAAAUUGUGGCAAAAGCGCCAUCAAGAUUCAAUAUUAUAAAAUGUCUGACGAUUUCUGUGAAAUUGUUCUAUGCAUUCAAAUGUAUAAUGUAUGAAAAGGGAUUUUAAUAAAUUGGUGCUAUUUAAUUGUAUCAGUGCAGAUGAUUUAAGUACAAUAUCAAGCCAUGAAUCACUAAGUACUUCCCAAAUUUAUAAAGUAAAUUAUUUUUAAGAGAUGUUUAGAAUAUUAGAUAUUUAAAUGAAUUGUGAUGAAUCUAUUAACCUAAUAGCCGACGAUACUGUAAUUCAUUUAAUAUUUGUAUAAAAAUCUGUGAAAGUAUCUACUUAAGGGCAGUAAGACAAUAUUGUGAACAAAAUAGUACCUAAACUUAAAAUUAUUGAAAUAACCCUACUUACUUAAAAUCUUCUAUCUAUCAUAGCUAUGUGCCUUAUUCUCCUGUUAUUAUAUUUAGGUAUUUUUAAUGAUCUGAACUCAGUAAUGUAUUUAUACUUAAUCCCCUCUAUUGACGAUUAAGAAAAUGUCUGUGGGUAGAAUACUUUUCAAAUUAAAUUUAUAAAUUGGCAUCGAAAAAUCAUCGUUAUGCAUUUACACUAAACUUCUAUUAUUAAGUGAAUCGAUGUAAAUAUUUUGAUAAUAAUUUAAAGAACUAUUAAAAGAUGAAAGAUAAGUAUAA